GCGGGAGAAGGCGAUAGCCAUAAACCCCAGCUCAGCUCAGCAGAAGAACAGAACAGAACAGAACAGAUCAGAUCAGAUCAGUAUAAAAAGAAAUGGCCUGCCUUUCUUUCUUUUUCCCAAGAGCAUUUAAUGCUCUCUGUUCCAAAGCUCUACAAGUACCUUUGUUAUUGCUUUUCUUAAAUGUUAAACCUCCUCCUCAGAUCUGCUGUUCAUACCUCAACCGAGGAUUGUUCCAGUGUGGGCAGAAUCUCUUACUCAUUUAGUGUCUUGUCCUUGACUUUUUGGUUGAUUGCACAAUUACCACAGCAGAUUAAAAAUUACAAGUUGAAAAGCGUUGAUGCCAUUUCGCCCUUCUUUCUUCUCAACUGGUUUUUAGGCGAUUUCUUUAAUUUCCUAGGCUGCAUUCUAACUGAUCAGCUACCCUUCCAGCUCUACAUCAGUAUUUACUACUUGUGCAACGACGUUAUAUUACUUUCCCAGUUCUUUUACUAUGGUUAUUACUUGGUUAAAAAGAAAAAUAACAAAGCUGAAACUCGUUGUGAUUUUAUCUCAAACCAUAAUCAGCCUCUUGUUCUAACCGAUGCUAAUCAAGAUAACAACCAGGAUGAUAUUCAACAAAUGAAAAACGAACUCAACCUUAACAAGAAAUCCAUUCCAAUAUAUUCCAACAACAGCUGUUCUUACUUGACUACAACAACUAUCUUAGCGUCCAGUUUGGCUUCAACCAUUCCAUCGUCUUCUGCCUUGCCUAUCAACAAGCACUCCAUCAGUUCUAUCAAUGAUAUGGUUGAUAUAGAGACGGUAUGCAAUAUUGGAAUAAUCAUUUCAUGGCUCUGUACUGCAUCUUAUAUUACAUCAAGAAUGCCUCAAUUAUACAAAAACUAUCAAAGAAAAUCAACCAACGGUUUGUCUCCUUUAUUAUUUGGGUCUGCUCUUAUGGGUAAUCUCACUUAUACUCUUUCGAUUUUAACUUCCUGCACUUUUCUAAGUAACCCAAACAACCAAAGAUGGGAUUUUUUCAAAAACGAAUUGCCCUUCAUACUAGGAAGUGGUGGAACUAUUAUUUUUGAUAUUAUCUUCUUUUAUCAAACCUGGUACUAUAACAAUAGCAAAAAGUUCAAAAACAACAAUAGCGGUCAAAAUAAACUUUACGAUUAUGAAUCUGUUAAUGAAACGACCCCGUUAAACACUCACCAGUCAGCUUCAUUAUUAUAAAUCAAACCACAAUCCAGACCACUAUUUAGUCCUAAAUCAUAAACUACAAACAAACUAAUUCAUUUAUCCACCCUCGCAUAUACUUUUCAUAUACUUGCCAUAUAUUUUUUUUAUACUUUCUAUUUUUUAUUUUCUAUUUUCAUUGUCACUUUGUAUUACUUUAUUGUGCUUUUUAUUAUUUCUUUUUUCUUCUAUUUUUCUGUUCCCAUUUCUGUUCUUUUUGUCUUUUUCAUCUCUUAUUUUUGUAUUGUAUCUUGGUUCUUUUGGGUAGUCUUUUCAAUCUAAUUUAAUGUUUGUUUUUUAUCUUCAUUUACAC